AUGUCGUACACCAAGGAACAGGAAGCAGUUGUGUUACGAGUCCUUUCUUAUAAGGGCCACCAGUAUUAUGAAAUAUUAGAAGUUACCAAGACAUCUACUGAAUCAGAGAUUAAAAAAUCUUAUAGAAGACUCGCUAUCAAAUGCCACCCUGAUAAGAAUCCACACCCUAGAUCAUCCGAGGCAUUUAAAGUGGUUAAUAAGUCAUGGGAGGUUUUAAGCGAUCCUCAAAAGAGACGUAUAUACGAUCAAACGGGGACAGACCCCACAUCUAGAAUAUCAAACGCCAGUGCUGCUAGCCAAGGAUUCAGUUCGUUUACAGGUACGCGAGGUUUUGCUAGUGGAGCACGUAGCCCCUUCGAUGACGACUUAUUCAACAUGUUCUUUGGCAACGGUGGAAGUCCUUUCGCAUCUGGUCCUACAUUCACUUUUGGGGGAAACGGGUUUACAUUCCAAUCAUUUGGAGGCGGCCAGGACCCAUUCAUGAGACACAGAAGAACUACUAGGAGAACACCUAGGGCUACGCCUAAUGCCCGUGCCCAGAAUAGAGAUGAGUCACAGGGACCACAGUCGUUUUCAGAAGUUGUAAGAAACUUGUUGCCCCUUUUGCUCAUAUUGAUUGUUCCUAUUUUAUCUGCGUUGUUUUCAAAUGAUCCAACGUCAGACUAUUCAUUUACUCCUACUACAGAAUUUCAUAUAGAGAGGAAGACUCCAAAAUACGGGAUUCCAUACUUUGUUAACGAUAAGUUUGCCAAGAAGAAUGAAAACAAGUCACGAAGGGAGCUUAGAAACUUUGGAUCCAAAGUUGAGAAUAUUUUCAUACAAGACAAGAGGGCCAAGUGUUCACGAGAGCAAAUUCAUAAGGAUAAUUUGAUUGAAGAUGCAGUUGGCUGGUUCAGCACAGAUAUGCGUAAACUAGAACGAGCUCAGAACAUGCCAAUGCCAAAUUGUGAUAUAUUGAGGAGCUUAAACCUUAUAUAG